AUGGACAUUGUGGCCUCGCCCGUUUCAGACACGAAGUCGGCAACAAGCCGCUUCCCUGAUCCAUCUAGACCUUCCGGCGACUUGAUGAACAGCCAGUAUAUCACUACACAAGAGGCUUCAGACCAUCCUUCCGAGUUGACAAAACCACCUCUUCUGAAACAUGUGUCAAGCCCCGCAUACAACAGCCCGCUCAGACACCAUCGCCGUAAUCCAUCUACACCGCACCAGGUCAAGGAAACCCUCAAUGCUCGGUCGGAAUAUGUGACCAGUCAAGAUGACGGAAGUGCUGAGCAUCGCAUCAAUCAAUAUGUGAUCAAGCAAGAAAUAGGUCGCGGCUCCUUUGGCGCAGUCCACGUCGCAAUCGACCAAUAUGGCAAAGAGUACGCAGUGAAAGAGUUCUCGAAAGCACGUCUUCGCAAAAGAGCACAAUCCAACAUAUUACGGAAGCCUUUGAGUCAGCGGCGGCGAGCUCGGGGCGCUUUACAAGGCUUCAAUUCUCCCCUGCAUCGCAGAACUAACGACGAUGCCACGGACUUCCAGGAAAACCCACUUGAGUUGAUAAAAGAAGAGAUAGCCAUUAUGAAGAAACUGCAUCACCCUAACCUUGUCCAGCUGAUCGAGGUACUGGACGACCCGGCCGAAGAUUCCUUAUACGUGGUGAUGGAGAUGUGCAAGAAAGGCGUGGUAAUGCGAAUAGACCUUGAUCUCGAUUCCCGUGCCGAUCCUUACCCUGAAGAAACAUGUCGUCUGUACUUUCGAGACUUGAUCCUCGGAGUUGAGUAUCUCCAUGCUCAAGGUGUGGUACACCGAGACAUUAAGCCAGACAACUGUUUGAUUAACCAUGAAGAUGUUUUGAAAGUGGUUGACUUUGGAGUCUCGGAAAUGUUUGCAAAAGACUCUGAAAUGCUGACAGCAAAAUCUGCUGGCUCCCCUGCUUUUCUACCUCCUGAGCUCUGUGUCGUGCGACACGGUGACGUUUCCGGCAGGGCUGCUGAUAUCUGGUCUAUGGGUGUGACCCUAUAUUGCCUCAAAACCGGCUCUAUUCCUUUCCAGAAACAACAAUUGUUUGACCUCUACGACGCAAUCAAGACGGAUCAACCAGACCUGAGCAAAGAGAAGGAUCCUCAAUUCCGUGACUUGAUGACUAGACUACUGGAAAAGGAUCCCUCGAAACGCAUCAGAAUGUCGGAGCUACGGGCACACCCAUGGGUUACCAAAAAUGACACUGAUCCACUCCUAUCAGAAGCCGAGAACACGGCUGAAAUGAUCGAUCCUCCUACCGACGCAGAAGUCGACGCUGCAAUUACAGGCGAUAUGCGAGGCCUGAUGACAGUUGUCAAGGCGGUCAAGAAGUUCAAGAGUCUUACCGAAGACAAAAGACCGCCAGUCAUGUCCUCAAUCCUGGGUGAUUCUGACACUGGCAGAUUUAGUUUGCCACCUGGUCAGAUGAAACCUGAUAAGCCAUCUUUAGAGUCCAGGUCCAAGAGCGUGAAUCUCGACGACCGAGCACCUGUGGAGUCCGCCCUUGUGGCAGAAGGAGUCCAUCGCGAGCUAGCGCCGACGUUGGAUAUCCCGACUCCAGACUCUCAACAGGUCAAGAGAAAGCCCGUACCGGUCGCUGUCAAGUCUGGUGGCGGAGACGAGGCUGAUUUAGACCUCGCACGCUUACGACCCUCCUUGGAGGAGACGGACGAGCCGAGUGAGCUGGCGCCAUUCCGUUCCUCUUUGUAUCAUGCUCGAACUACUGACGACAUAGGACGCAAAGGUCAUGCCCAUGACCCGCUGGAAGAUCAACUAUACCUAAGAAUUGGACCGUCGACCUUUGCCGGACACAGUACUCAAGACGAUACAGAGGGCUGUUUCGUCCCAGAUGACGAAUACAUAGUCAGUGAGAGUCCUGGUGCCGCAGAUGUAGAUAUCUAUGAAACGGCAUAUCGUGAUGAGAUUGAGCGUAUCCUUGCACGUGCACAUGAGCAGAAUGAAGAGCCACAGGUUUAUUUGACAAGACGUGUGGAUGAGAAAUUACUGCAACUGAGUGGACUGGCUGGAAAGCUUAUGGCCCAUGGUGACAAUGCUAAGAGCCAAUUUAUGGAUUACACUCAAUUCAAAGAACGGAGGGCCAGAGUGGCGGAAGUCAGUAGAGCGUUGCGAGAGGCCUCAAGAGCCGAGUAUGAGAAACGACGCCAAGAACGCAAAGAUUGGAUCGAGGCUGCGAGAACUGAAAAGGCUAAGGCAGCUCCAGCACGAAGCAAUCCGAGCAUGCCACUUGCGGUAGAGAAUGUGCAAACACCAACUCGACCAGAAGCUAAGCCCGAGCAGGUCUCGCCAAAGCCUCUGGAAACAAGCAGUUCGUGGAGAGUAAAGGCUGCCGACCGUGGCAGAUAUGCCAAAACUGCGUUUUCAGGCCUUGUAAAAGAAUUCAAAAAAGGACGAAAACCACAAGACGAUGUGUCAUGA